AUGGCCACACAUGUCAGCAAUUCACCAUAUCAAGGACUUCAAACUCUCUCCCACUCUGCCUCUUGUCUAUCGUUUCGUCAUGCACAGUUUAUACUCUCGGUAUAUUAACACAAGACGAGUUUACUCUCAACUGCAGCAUUCACUGUCAGUCGGCGAUCGCGGUGGCUGCUGAUAGGAGGAGCAGUUCGUUUCAGUUCUCGCUGGGUAAUGUCAUCAUGUGCGAACAGACAGAGGACUGCCACGCCUGGCUUGGGCCGCUGGUCACCAAGGUGAGCUCUAUUCUCGGCAAAGGUUUCGAGGACGUACGCUAUGAGGUGUCGAUUCCAACCGAUUUUCUCUUCAAUUCGAAUCUAUCCUUCGUUAAUGUCGUCUCGAACGCAAGUCCCGACGACGACGACGACGACGAGGCGAAGAAGAGAGCCAAGUCGGCCAAUUUAGUGGUGAAGAAACUGCCGUCAGAAAUACUGCAAAACAUGACCAGAUCCAGGGAACAAUUUCACAACGAGAUAUUGUUUUACCAAAAGUACGCCCAAUAUUACGAUCGGGCACCUCGUUGCAUCUACGCCACGGGGGAACUGUCGCCGUCCAACUGGGUGAUUGUUUUGGAGAACGUGGCCAUCCAACGUGGCUACAGUGUGUGCAAAUGGAAAUACGACACGCCACUGGAGUACACGUUGGCCGCGUUCCGAGAGAUCGCGCGGUUCCACGCGAUAGCGUACGCGACGAAGAGGACUCGCGAGAAGGAGUUCUUCGAUUUCGUGAACGUCAUUGAAGAGAUCAGGUUCUACCCGAAGUCGAUAUACAGCUGCAUCAUCAAUGGAACCGCGACAAGAUCCCUCGACUUCCUUCGCAGGCAAGGUUACGACAAAGAAUUCUGCGACAAAUUCGAAGCUCGAUGUGCGAACACGUUCGAAGACUUGUUCUUGAAGUCCAUGGAGAUUGAGGAGCCCCUUUCCACUCUGUGUCACGGCGACUUCACGAUCAAUAACAUAUUGUUCAAGAAAGAGAGUGACGAGCUGAAAGUCAUUUUUAUCGACUUUGCGAUGGUACGCUACGGGUCACCGAUUUUGGAUCUGUCUACGUUCCUGUGUAUGCACUGUGCCAGAGACUUGGACAAAGUUAUGUUGGACAAUGUUCUGAGAGUAUAUCACGAUUCCUUGGUACAGUGCCUCAAGGAGAAUGAUAUAGACGUGGGGGAUUAUUCGUACGAAGCUUUGUACGAGGAUUACAAGAAGAGGGGUCUAUUUGGAUUUUUCAUUGCCACGUACUACUUAGCGAUACAGAUGGGCAAGUUUGAUGGAAAGACGGAAGAUUUCGCGAAAUUAGACUGGACAGAGUUGCCAGUGACAUUGCUUCAGAUCGGUGGAGAAGAAGUUGACGAAAUUUUGGCGAAUAUGUUGUUGAAAUUAAAGGAAUUUGGAUGUCUCGAUUAUAUAUUGUGACCUGUUGGUCAUGUCAAGUCUUCCAGAAAUCGAUGAAAUCAAACGAAUGCGAUUUUUAUUAUUGAAUGGAAAUGUUAUUUGGAAAUAAUGGAAAUAAAUUCGUAUUUGGAAAUUCAUGACAAUUUUUAUUCUGGGAAUUUUAUCUGUGAUAAAUUUAGUAAUUGAUCAUCGACUAUCGUUAAGUUUCGCGAUUGAACAUCGAUUGACGAUUCGCUGAAGAAUCGAAUUUGAAGUGUACUUAGUCGCUACGAAACAUUAGAUAUAAUCAAGUUGGGAAAUGACAAUGAAAUUAUUUUGAAAAAUAUUACUGUCUGAUGAAUAAUCUUUGUAUAAAUGUUGACCACCGGGUGUGUUACUCACAGUUGGUGACGAACGAACAGAAAUUCGUAUCAUAUGAGAAUUCGCGACUUUUUUUACCAGACAUUUUUUUUUAUCAUUAAUAUUAAGGAUAAUUGCUUGUU